GUGGCUUCUUUGGUUUGAAUUUAGAAGCCGAAGCAACAAGAGUUUUCGAGGGUGACAUCAUUAUCUCUCCUAUUGAAAAUGUUUAACAACAAUACAGAAAUGUUCUCCGGUUUAGUAUCUAACCCGGAGCGAGAUGUCGGUCCUGCUUCCCUAACCGCUGUGUGUGACGACCUGACUAAUCAAGAUAUCGAAAUAGAGGAGCUUGAGAGGAAGAUCUGGAAAGACAAGCAACGUUUAAAGCAGCUCAAGGAGAUGUCCAAGAACGGGUCAGGUAAAAGAUUGUUGAAGCAUCCUGAGGAUUCGACUAAGAGAAUGAUGUACCAGGCACAGGAUGGGAUCCUGAAGUACAUGUCUAAGGCCAUGGAGCGUUGCAAAGCUCAAGGUUUCGUUUACGGGAUCGUGUUUGAGAACGGGAAAACGGUAACGGGGUCUUCUGAUAACCUCCGUGAAUGGUGGAAGGACAGAGUUAGGUUCGAUAGGAACGGACCAGCUGCUAUCUUGAGGCACCAAAGGCAGAUCAAUCUUUCAACUGAUGGAAGUGAGUUAGGGGGGUCUGAGGGUGGGGAGUGCACCGCGCACAAGUUGCUUGAGCUGCAAGAUACAACUCUUGGAGCUCUUUUAUCCGCUUUGAUGCCUAAUUGCACGCCUCCUCAGAGACGUUAUCCUCUGGAGAGAGGCCUGUCUCCACCUUGGUGGCCAACGGGAAAAGAAGACUGGUGGAAUGAUUUGUCUUUACCGGAAGAUUGUAGAGGACUUCCUCCUCCUUACAAGAAGCCUCAUGAUCUCAAGAAGGUGUGGAAAGUUGGUGUGUUGAUUUCUAUAAUCAGACACAUGGCUUCAGAGAUUGACAACAUACCUAAGCUGGUGAGACGGUCUAGAAGCUUGCAAGAGAAGAUGACUUCAAGAGAAGGGUCCUUAUGGCUAGCUGCUCUUAAUCAAGAGAAGAGCAAUGUUGAUCAAAGUCAGUACAACCCUUUAGCCUUCUCCGGAGAAAGCAAUGCUAAUGCUCUAGGAGCCAGUGGCGAGACCGAUGUUUUGUUUCAAGAAUCUGGAGAUUAUAAUGUUGAAGAAGCUUAUGGAUCUCAUCAGCAUGUUCCUGAAGUUGCCAACAACUUUAAUUAUGUUAACAACAAGAGGAAGUUUGAAGGUUUAGGGUUAUCAUUUCACCCAACAAGAAACCUAACUUGUGAGAACAGUUACUGUCCUUAUAGCCAACCGCAUAUGGGAUUCAAUGACAGGGUCUUAAGAGAUAGUCACCAAAUGACUUGUCCUUAUAAAACCAUUUCCUGUUACCAACCCACUAAACCUUUAGGAAUGCCCAUCAGUUUCAUGACUCCUUAUCAAAUGGAAAUGCAACAGCAAGAGCAGUUUAAUCUAUCAAGCACUCUCUACAGACCAAAAGCAGUAGAAAGAGGAGGUAACAACGACUAUCUCUCUGACCACCGGUUUGGUUUGAUUGACAAUUCGAGUCCUUCUACUUCGGGGAUGAAUCAUAAUCCUGGUUUAGUCUUACCUGUUAACUUCAAUGGAAAUGCGGAAACAGUGGGGAUGGAGAACAAUCAGCAGAAUCAAGAGGGAGGCUUGCCCAUGCCAUGGAUUGAGUGAAGAAAGCUUUCAUGAGUUUUCUUGUUCUGUUUCUUAUAGCUUUGUUUCUUGUUUUUUUUUUCUCUCAUUUUUUUA